GAAGCUGGAGCCGGGGGCCGUGGAGAGCCAACACGGACCACCCCCCUAAAGAGCUUAUUGAGCCAUUUCCAUUCUGGCAGCCAUAGAUAUCACUUUGUGCGAGGAAUCAUAAUGGGGUUUUCUCUAGCAAACCUUCACAUCUUGGCUUGCCAUUCGAUAUGCACCAUCCUAGUGACAUUCUUAAGAACUUCCCACGGCCCGGGAUCGAAGAUCCCGACCUUCAAAUAUUUACGAAAAUGCCACUAGGCCAUUCCAAAGGUGCGGACCGUCACACUAGGCACCGUAGCAUACCCCCGCACAAACACCCACCCGGAUCCCGCCGAGAUUGCCCCCCAAGCAAGGUUCGGAAAGACUCCCACACGAGUGCAGGUGUCCUUCGUCCCCCAUUUCGGGCAGCGCCCCCAGCAAUCACCAAACAAGCAUCCAUGAAGAAGCAUACCCCGCACAAACACCCACCCGGAUCCCACCGAGAUUGCCCCCCAAGCAAGGUUCGGAGAGACUCCCGCACGAGUGCAGGUGUCCUUCUUCCCCCAUUUCGGGCAGCGCCCCCAGCAGUCACCAAACAAGCAUCCAUGAAGAAGCAAACCCCGCACAAACACCCACCCGGAUCCCACCGAGAUUGCCCCCCAAUCAAGGUUCGGAGAGACUCCCACACGAGUGCAGGUGUCCUUCGUCCCCCAUUUCGGGCAGCGCCCCCAGCAAUCACCAAACAAGCAUCCAUGAAGAAGCAUACCCCGCACAAACACCCACCCGGAUCCCACCGAGAUUGCCCCCCAAGCAAGGUUCGGAGAGACUCCCGCACGAGUGCAGGUGUCCUUCGUCCCCCAUUUCAGGCAGCGCCCCCAACAGUCACCGAACAAGCAUCCAUGAAGAAGCAUAUACCCCGCACAAACACCCACCCGGAUCCCACCGAGAUUGCCCCCCAAGCAAGGUUCAGAGAGACUCCCGCACGAGUGCAGGUGUCCUUCGUCCCCCGUUUCAGGCAGCGCCCCCAACAGUCACCGAAUAAGCAUCCAUGAAGAAGCAUCGCCCACAAAUGCCGCAGCAUGCAGAACCAUAGCAAUAGCCACACGAAGCAAUCGAUCGAACCGGACAAGCCCACACAUUCCGCUUUUUUUCCCGCACCGCACCGCACCGCCCAAGCCCCGCCCCCCCGGGCCCACCUGCUGGUCGCCGACGGUGGGGCCCACCCGGCACCGUUACCGGUGCAUGGUGGCCCCCACCUGCCGACGAGACCUGCCAUUGUGCCCACACCCCCACUGGGGGGUGUGGGCAGCGCUGGCAGGCCGGGGGGGGGGGCUCGCUGUUGAAGCAGGCAGGUACCACC